AUGGCGACUCCCAUGGUCGUGAUAGAAGAAACCAAGCCCGGCGAGCCCCUCAAAACCAGAGCCGCCAGAAAAACCGCCGCCAAAAAUCCCCACCAAAAAAAACCGCCGCAGAGAGGCCUCGGCGUUGCUCAGCUCGAACGCUUAAGGCUUCAAGAGAGGUGGAAGAAAAUGACCCAAAUCUCCCCUCCCCAUCCCUUCCUCCUCGAUUUCCCCUUGCAGUUCCCCGUCGCCGGCGCCUCUUCGGCGCCGGUCGGUAAUGACUACGGUACCGGCGUUUUGGGGUUCAUCGGGAAUUGUGGGUUUGGCAGCGGCGGUGGUGGACUGAUGACCAUGGAGCCGUUUCCACACGGCGGUGGAGCCAUGGUGGACCCCAGACUUUUGAUUGGAAAUAGCGUUGAGGCUUCCAGAGAGCUCUCUUCAAUCCCAAACUUGCCGCCUCCACCUCCUCCGCCGCCGUGUGUUUCUGAUCGUUGUGAUAUUUGCUUUAAGAAGAAACGAGUCAAUUUCAGCAAUACAAUGAAAGAGAAGAACAUUAUCGGAACUGCAGAGCCGCCGCCGGUGAGUUUCGAUUUUCUCGGCCUGAGUACAAAUUCCGCCGCCACAGAUUUUGAUUUCAGUUUAAAUUUCAACCAGGACGGUGCAGGGGUUAAGCAAAUACACCGGAAAGUGGCAGGGAAGGGCGGCGGCGGCGGUGAAGGAAGUACAUUAAUGGAGUACGAGUUUUUUCCAAGGAAAAAUGGCAGAGGUACAGAGUUCGAGGAGCUGAAAAGGCCAAAUGAAGAAUUGGGAUUAUUUGCAGAAGAAGAAGAAGAAGAACAGGAAGAAGAAGAAGAAGAAGCAGUACAGGCUGUGGAUCAUGGAGAAGGUUCUUGUAUCACUACGAGCUGCAGUGAUAUCAUUAAUGGCGGUACCAGAAAUUCCACUGUUCUUGAUUUGUCUCUUAAGCUUUCAUUUUAGAUGCAAAAAUGGCGGAAUCCCUUUUUUGUUCAUGAUUUCCAUGUGAA